CGUAUCUUCUUUUCAUAUGAUACAGCUCUGCCCAUCAUCUUCCACAAAGUGUGUUCUGGAGCAGCCUGCCUUUUCGAGUACCUUUGUCCUGAAGCUGUAAAGAUGCUGCACAUGACAGACGUUUUGGAUAUCUUGAAGAAUACUCAGCUCUUCCGUCUACAUGAUCAAGAAGAGAAUCCAGAAACCAUCCCCAUAAGAAAUCCAGGGGUUCUGAAAGUUUCUCAUCAGAAGUUUAGGGAUUUUCAAUAUCUUUCAGUGACGGGGCCUCACCAAGCUGUGAGCCAAAUCCAGGAGCUCUGCCGGCAAUGGCUGCAGCCAGAGACCCACACCAAGGAGCAGAUGAUGGAGCAGCUGGUGCUGGAGCAGUUUCUGAACACGCUACCAGAGGAGGUCCAGAGCUGGGUGAGGUCCAAAAAGCCCAAGAACAGCAAGGAGGCAGGAAGCCUGGUGGCCAGUUUGAUCCAAGCAUGUGGGGAGAAAGGUUUCUCUCCUCAGGACUUUGUCCUCGCAGAAGAGAGGAACACCAAAGAACACCAAAAGGACACGGAGAUGUCUGACAGUCUCUCAUCUGCUGGAUCCCAGGAGUUGGUGACUUUCCAGGAUGUGGUUGUGGACUUCAGUCCAGAGGAAUUAACCUACCUUAGUGCUGCUCAGAGGAACCUCUACAGGGAGGUGAUGCUGGAGAAUUACAGGAACCUGGUCUCCUUAGGGUACCAGUUCUCUAAACCCGACAUUAUCUCACAGCUGGAAGAAGAAGAGUCACGUGUGAGGGAAGAAGACAGCAAUACAGAGCUGUGUCAAGAUGGGGAGGAAAGACCUAAAACCAAAGAUCUAACUCCAGAGCAAAGUCUGCCUAUGGAAAAGUCAUCCUCAGGGGCAGGAAUGGAGGAUCAGAUGGGAGGAAACUUCUGCAGUGUCUCUGUAGGAGAGCCUUCUCCUGAUGACCCAUCAGAUUCAUGCCAGGUCAACCAGGAGAAACCUUUGAGUCCUGUAACAAUGGGUGAGCCCAAGUCCCCCACUCAAGAAAGAAGCCACGACAGUGAUGAUUCUGAGAGCAGCUCAGAUCUUACUAAACAAUCAGAAGGCCCUCCAGGAAAGGAUCCCCAGGAACGUGCUACUCCUGGAGUUUGCACCAGGUCCCAGCCAGUGGAUGAUGAGUCUUUCCUCCAAGAGAACAGAUGUGGAUUUUGUGAAAGAACUUUUCUUACCCAGAUAGCUCGUGAGAGACAUGAACAGAUCCAUACUGGGAAGAAACCAUUUGAAUGUAAACGAUGUGGAGAAGCCUUUUACCUCAUGCCACACCUCACCAGACAUCAGAGGACUCAUUCCAGCGAGAAGUCCUCUGGAUACGAUGAAGGUGGAAAGCCCUUCACCAAGCAUGCAGAUAUCUGUGGCCGUGUAAGAAUUCAUAGCCAGGAAGACUACUAUGAAUGUUUCCAGUGUGGCAGAGCCUUUAUCCAGGAUGUGCAUCUUUUUCAACAUCUCAAAGCCCACGAGGCAGCAAAAGCCCUUCCACCUGGGUUGCCCCGCAUUAAGACGUACUUAAUUCGCUAUCAGAGGAAACAUGACUAUGUUGGAGAGAGAGCCUGCCAGUGUUGUGACUGUGGCAAAGCCUUCAGUCGGAGUUCACAUCUCAUUCAACACUAUCGAAUUCAUGCUCAAGAGAGACCUUACCAGUGUCAGCUGUGCGGGAAGUGUUUCAGCCGACCUUCAUACCUCACUCAACAUUAUCAACUUCAUUCUCAAAUGAAGCCUGAGGAGUGCCGUUAUUACUGAAAACCUCCAGUCAGAGAACAUUCUCGACAUCUUCAUCUUUGGCUCCAUUGUGGAAAGAGUCCCUCUGAGUGCUGUGAAUGUGAGAAGACCUUCCACCAGCCCUCAGAACUUAGUAACUUGAAAACUCAUCAUGAUGUGAUAAAGAGAAAUGACGAAUGGUUGCAAGGGUAUAGCACAAUAUUUUGGCAAAAAAAGAUUCAGCACAUGUGUCAGUAGUCAAAAUCCUUAUAAAGAACAUUUUUGUUGCAUAGGAAAGAUGUUAAUAGAUUUUGCCUUUCUUUGGUGGUAUUCAUGGAAUGGGAAACUUUGAUCUUGACCACCCCAACAAAACAUUUGUGACUGGCAGUUGGACUCCAGAUAGACAAUCUGUUCUCAAGUUUUUCUAGAAGUGUUUACAUAUAGUAUCUUCACCACAUGGGAUGUGUCAACACAGAGCACGCUAGAAAGAUUUUAAUGGUGUCCUGAUACUGAUUCAUCUGCAGAGCCUGUUGUAAUUGGUAAUGUAUUCACAUCGUACCACAUCAUUUACAAAACAUUGUCAUGUAUAUUAUUUCAUUUGAUGUUUUAAGGUAUGCUAUGAGGUAUCUAGUGAGCAUGUUCAAUUUUUACAGGCAAACAGACUUGAAACUCCCAAAUUGCCUGUUGAUCUGACCUAGGUUGUAAGUGAUGAAGUAGGAACUGAACACAGGUUUUGUUCUAUUUUGAGAUUUCAUGAGAUAUUUAUUUUACAUCUUGAUAUUCAACCCUGGUUUUCUUUAUUCCUGCCACUUGCUCUCUGAAGAAACGGUGCAGUGCUCUACUGCCUUCAGCACCUUCCUCUGCAGGAGGCCCAGCACUGUUUCACAGGAAAUUGGACCAGGACACCUACAGUAUUAGAGGUUCAGAAAGCUUUCUUAGGGUGAGGAAUGAGAGCCACUUCUCUCAAGAUUUAAGAUUGGUGGAUGUCUUUUUGAGACUAAUUCAGGGAAGUGUAUUUUUGCAAAACACUUUUUUGUAAGUCUUCUUGUACAUUGUGAAAUGGUUACUAAUCAAGGAGAAUUUUUUGGU